AUGCUUGCCGCACGAAGAGCUUUUGGCUUUGCCCAGCGCCGGGCUUUCUCUGCCUCCGCGCCCCAGGCCUCUAAAGUCACCGUCCUCGGUGCUGCUGGUGGCAUUGGCCAGCCAUUGUCACUGUUGAUGAAGCUUAACCCUCGCGUUACCCAACUCGCUCUAUACGAUAUCCGGGGAGGCCCAGGUGUUGCCGCUGAUCUUAGCCACAUCAACACAAACAGUACUGUCACCGGCUAUGACCCUACUCCCUCUGGCCUUCGGGAGGCCCUGAAGGAUUCUGAGAUCGUCCUCAUCCCGGCUGGUGUUCCUCGCAAGCCCGGCAUGACUCGUGAUGAUUUAUUCAACACCAAUGCCUCCAUUGUCCGUGACUUAGCCAAAGCUGCUGCCGAGGCCUCUCCCAAGGCUAACAUCCUUGUCAUCUCCAACCCCGUCAACUCCACCGUCCCAAUCGUCGCUGAGGUCUUCAAGUCCAAGAACGUAUACAACCCCAAGCGCCUCUUCGGUGUCACCACCCUUGACGUUGUCCGUGCCUCCCGCUUUAUCUCCCAAGUCAAGGGCACCGACCCUGCGAACGAGAAGGUCACAGUCGUCGGCGGCCACUCUGGCGUCACCAUCGUCCCCCUGGUCUCUCAAUCCAAUCAUGGAGACAUCUCCGGCGAGAAACUCGACGCACUCGUCAACCGCAUCCAAUUCGGCGGCGACGAGGUCGUCAAGGCCAAGGAUGGUGCAGGCUCCGCCACCCUUUCCAUGGCCAUGGCCGGUGCCCGGUUUGCUGAGAGCCUGCUCAAAGCCUCCCAGGGCGUCAAGGACGUCAUCGAACCCACGUUCGUCGACAGCCCGCUCUACAAGGACCAGGGCAUCGAUUUCUUCGCGUCCAACGUCCGUCUUGGACCCAAUGGUGUCGAGGAGAUCAUGCCCCUUGGCGCCGUCUCGCCAUACGAGCAGAAACUCGUCGAUGCCUGCCUGGUUGAUUUGAAGAAGAACAUUGCUAAGGGUGUUGAGUUCGUUAAGAACAACCCAUAA